AUCGCAAUGAAUUCGUUUUUGCGAAAAUAGAAUUGGCCACACUGUAUGAAAUCCAUGUUAUCAAAGAAAAAGAAUAAAUUCACUCCGACGGACGAAGGGACGUCCCCGUCGACGGAGAUUCUCGCUCCAUUGCAGUAGCAGUGUUAGGAAUAUUUUGAGUCAUGGAUUCAAGAUUGCCAGUACAAGGCAUGAACGUUCAGAAAAAUUCUGAGGGUACGGAUAUUAGUGGAAUUGCCAGUAAAAGAUGGAAGUACCUUUGGGUUUCGGUUUCCCAUUUUGACUUUGAGUUGCAUGUAUGGAAGAACUUCAUGGGCAAUCGAGAGAACUUUGACAGAUUUCAAGAGGGUUACAUGAACAAUUUCAUGACCUUCCUUGACACAGAUUCUGUUCUUCGCGAGAAUUUGCAUAUUCAGAAAUUCCAGCUAUCUUGCCAAGGAAAAAUUGACUUUUCGCGCUUUUAUUCAUGGGUUUGUGCUGUCAUAACGUGUAAUGUUCGCGAGCUCGACCUUGAAUUGACUAUGCGUGAGAUUGGUGAGUUGCCUUGGAGCCUUUUUACUUGCAAAACCUUAGCGGUUUUGAAGAUUAAUGGCAAAUUCAUUUUUAAUGUUCCGCAUUAUGUUUGUUGCCAAAUCUCAAGACCCUCAGUCUGAAUUCACUUAUUUAUUUGGGUGAUGGGUUGAUACGAAAAUUCCUCUUGGGCUGUCCUGCUCUUGAGGAGUUGGAGAUAAGGAGACCAGAAUGGGAUAAUAUGUGGACUCUUGAUGUUUCUGUGCCUUCGUUGAAGAGGUUGACAUUGGGUCUUCAUAUCCAUGAGGAGGAAUUAUAUCAUGAAGCGGGUUUAAAUACAAGAUCAUGGUUAAUGCUCCAAAUAUUGAAUAUCUUGAUUUUUAUGAUUUUGUGUCGGAUUACAUUUUUGUCGGUGGUCUGCCCUCUGUGGCGAAAGCCCGUGUGAACAUCCAUAAAUCUUUUGAAGAUUGGGAUUGGAGAAAACAAGGAAACUAUGGAAAUCGAGCAUCCAGGCUACUUAAAAGUAUCUCAAAUGUUUGGCGUCUGAUGUUAACGGGUUAUACCUUGCAGUGUCUCAGCUACAGUGAUCCCAAUUGGGCUACAUAUUGUAAUUUGGUCUAUCUAGAGCUAGGUUUUGAUCCAUUGAAUGGCCCGGUGCUGUUGCCGGAUUUACUUCGAAGUUCACCUAAACUAGAAGCUCUUGUUUUUCCAGAGGGAUUGACAGUCAUCGGGGAACGUGAGUAUGACGUUAACAGGGACAUAUUUUUUGAUUACUGCUGGAGCCCACCAGAACAAGUGCCCGAAUGUUUACUUCUUAGCCUCAAGAAAAUCGAAAUCCACAUUUUUGUGGCGAUGAAGAUGAAGAGCUGAACCUGGUGAAAUACUUGUUGAAGAAUGGAAUGGUAUUGGAGAAGGUGACAAUUUGGUCACUACUUGUUUGGUGGUGAUAAUUCCUUCAGCUUUAAAGAUGAAUUGGAAAAUUAUCCCAGGGGCUCAACUAACUGUAAUUUCAGACUUUUUAUUCCUUAUCUAGUACCAAUCAGCAGCAGCAGCAGCUGACAUUUUGUUUCUCUCUUGGACUCCUGUUCGUGUCGCAGAUUGUUGGUUCUUUCGAAAUCUGACUUUAGUAUGUAUAGUUUGUUUUUGCUGGACUGCAAUAUGUUUUCAAACAACCACCACCUUGAUUUUGAAAUGUUGAUCUUCCAGACUUGGUUUGAAGCCUGUGGAAUUACUUAGUGUGCCGUGCAGUGAUUU